AUGUUGAGGUUUCCAUGGCCUGCAAGGCCUAUGUGCCAGAAAACGGCUCGACCCCUACAUUCUACCUUGAAUAUGGAUGGAAAAGAGACUGCUGGAAAGUAUUACAAGUUGGUGAAAGGGCUUCGGGAAGCUUAUGCCUCUGGUAAGAGCCGUGACCUUGGAUUUCGACUGCAGCAGCUUCGCGCACUGCUGCGAAUGUACACAGAAAAUGAGGACAAGUUUGCUCAGGCUCUAUGGAAAGAUUUGCGACGACCAUCAUAUGAAGCCAUCUGUGGAGAACUGGGUUAUUGUAUCAAUGAUGUGAAGGGUGCCAUCUUCAACUUAGAGAAAUGGGUGAAGCCAGAAAAGGUGAAGAAGACAAUGCUCACAAUGCUUGAUACCCCUGUCAUCCACCCAGACCCAUAUGGAGUUGCAUUGGUCCUUGGGGCAUGGAAUUAUCCCAUUCAAGUGACCAUGAAUCCUGUGACUGGGGCUAUUGCAGCUGGGAAUUGUGUGGUCAUCAAACCUUCUGACUUGUCUCCAAGCAUGGCCAAGCUUCUUGGAGACCUUGUUCCCCUCUAUCUGGAUCCUGCAUGCAUUCAAGUAGUGAAUGGGGGAAUAGAGGCUGCAAAAGGUUUGUUGGAAGAGCGCUUUGACAUAAUUUUCUUCACUGGCUCCACCCAUGCUGGACAGCAGGUGCGACAGGCAGCCAACCGCUUUCUCACCCCUGUCAUCCUUGAGCUUGGUGGAAAAUCGCCAGUCUAUAUGGAUGAAACUGCAAAUUUGGACAUUGCUGUGAAAAGAGUGCUGUGGGGAAAGCUAGUAAAUGCUGGUCAGACAUGCAUUGCUCCAGACUAUCUCCUUUGCUCAAGAGAUAUCCAAGAGAAAUUUGUUGCUCAUGCACGCAAGGUCAUCAAGGAGUGGUAUGGCCACAAUCCUCAACUCUCACCUGACUUUGGACGAAUUGUAAAUGACACCCACUUCCAGAGGUUGACACAACUGCUGCAUAGUGGGAGCAUCAUCGUGGGAGGGGAUGUGGAUCCAAGUGACCUCUACAUCUCCCCUACGAUUAUUGUUGAUGUGAAGCCAUCAGACCCAGUGAUGCAGGAAGAAAUUUUUGGUCCCAUUCUACCUAUUAUUAAUGUUGACAGCCCACAGGAAGCUGUGGAUUUCAUAAACUGUAGGGAGAAACCUUUGUCCAUGUGCAUUUUCUCAGCAAAUAAAAGGGUACAAAAACUUUUUGUUGAGAAGACCAGCAGUGGGACGAUGUGCAUCAAUGAUUGCGUUGUGAUGGCUUUGGGUAUAUCUAUCACUCUUUCACUUCAAGUGUGCUUGUUUUCACAGAGGUCAAACACAUCAGUCUUGUCUAUGUAUGAUGGUGUCCUUGCAGUUGAUGAACUUCCAUUUGGUGGCAUUGGGAACAGUGGAAUGGGGCAGUAUCAUGGCAAAUUCUCCUUUGAUGCCUUUAGCCACAGGAAGGCUAUCCUGUACCGUGACUUCAAAUUCCCUGGUGAAUUCAUUGGCAAGAAGCUGAGAGAGGCUUUUGCUGCGGGUCAGACAAGGGAUAUAGAGUUCCGGAAAGAGCAGCUGAAACAGCUCAAGCGGCUCAUCGAGGAAAAUGAACUUCAGUUCUGCAAUGCCCUCGCCGCCGAUUUUCGCAAGCCACAUGCAGAGACAGUGGUGGGGGAACUAGACUUUGUAAUCAACGAGAUCCGGGGUUUGUUGAUGAACCUUGAUGAGUACACGCAAGACAUUCGUGUCUCCAAGUCCAUGGUGACUCUGUUUGACCUGCCUUUCAUCCGCGAAGAGCCCUAUGGCCUGGUCCUAGUUCUUGGAGCCUGGAAUUACCCGAUUCAGCUGGCGCUGUGCCCCGCAGCAGGCGCCAUUGCUGCAGGGAAUGUGGUUGUCAUCAAACCUUCUGAGGUUGCCACCCAUGCUGCCAAACUUCUUGCUGAACUCAUCCCCAAGUAUCUUGACACGAGAUGCUACCUGGCGAUCAAUGCGAAUGUGGAAGAAACGAAGGACCUGUUGAAGGAGAGGUUUGACUAUGUCUUUUUCACUGGAGGAACCCAGAUUGGGAAAGCAGUGCGUGCUGCUGUUAAUGAAUAUCUCACCCCCACCACCCUAGAAUUGGGUGGAAAGAGCCCAACAUAUGUUGAUGAGUCGGCGAACAUGGAGAUGGCAGUGAAGAGGAUCCUGUGGGGAAAGCUGAUCAAUUCUGGUCAGACAUGCCUUGCCCCUGAUUAUCUCAUAUGCACCAAGUCUGUCCAGGAUCAAUUCAUCAGCCAUGCUAAAAGGAUCCUUGAGGAGUGGUAUGGACCUGACAUUCAGAAGUCCAAGGACCUUGCCCGCAUCAUCAAUGAGAGACAUUUCAAGAGAUUAGAGUCCCUCCUCUCAAGUGGUAAAGUGGCACUGGGAGGGAAGACAGACCUGGAGGAUCGUUACAUUGAACCAACUAUUCUGGUGGAUGUCUCACCGAAUGACCCGGUAAUGAAAGAAGAAAUCUUUGGUCCAAUACUUCCUAUCAUCAAUGUUCGAGAUGCUCAUGAGGCCAUUAACUUCAUUCAGACUCGAGAGAAGCCUUUGGCUCUAUACGUGUUCACGAAGCACUUGGAUGUGGGGAAACUAUUCAUAGCUGAGAUCUCUUCUGGGGCUGUGGUCUUAAAUGAUGUCAUCCUUCAUGCAGCUGUGGAUUCCCUGCCGUUUGGUGGUGUCGGGAUGAGUGGGAUGGGAGCUUAUCAUGGCCAUGCCACAUUUGAGACUUUUUCACACAAGAAGAGUGUCCUUCGGAGGGACUACAAUCGCCUUGCUGAAGAACUUGGCAGGAAGCUGAGAGAGGCAUACAACUCAGGUCAGACGAAAGAUGUGGAAUUCCGGAAGGAGCAGCUGCAGCAGCUCAAACGGCUCCUUCAGGAAAAUGAAACCCAACUCUCCAAUGCCCUUGCUGCUGACCUUCGCAAGCCACAUUCAGAGACAGUGAUGGCAGAGGUAGAGUUUGUGGUCAACGAGAUCCGGGGGAUGUUGAUGAACCUGGACAAGUACACACAGGAUGUCUGUGUCUCCAAGUCCAUUAUGACUCUGUUUGACACACCUUACGUCCACAAGGAGCCCUAUGGUCUCGUCCUGGUUCUCGGAGCCUGGAACUACCCUAUCCAAGGAACUCUGUGCCCCGUUGUGGGUGCCAUUGCUGCAGGGAAUGUGGUGGUCAUGAAACCCUCUGAAGUUGCCACCCAUGCUGCCCAGCUCCUUACUGAACUCAUCCCCAAAUAUCUUGACAUGAGAUGCUACCUGGCAAUAAAUGCAGAUGUAGAGGAGACAAAGGAGCUGCUGAAGGAGAGGUUUGACUAUGUCUUUUUCACUGGAGGAACUCAAAUUGGGAAAGCAGUGCGUGCUGCUGCCAAUGAAUAUCUAACCCCCACUACCCUGGAAUUGGGUGGAAAGAGCCCAACAUAUGUGGAUGAGUCAGUGAACAUGGAGGUGGCUGUGAAGAGGAUCCUGUGGGGAAAACUGAUCAAUUCUGGUCAGACAUGCCUUGCCCCUGAUUAUCUCCUAUGCACCAAGUCUGUCCAGGAUCAAUUCAUCAGCCAUGCUAAAAGUAUCCUUGAGGAAUGGUAUGGACCUGACAUUCAGAAGUCCAAGGACCUUGCUCGCAUCAUCAAUGACAGACAUUUCAAGAGAUUGGAAAGCUUCCUGUUAUGUGGUAGAGUAGCUCUGGGAGGGAAGACAGACAUGGAGGAUCGUUACAUUGAACCAACUAUUUUGGUGGAUAUCUCAGCAAAAGACCCAGUGAUGAAAGAAGAAAUCUUUGGUCCAAUCCUCCCCAUCAUCAAUGUCCAGGAUGCUCAUGAAGCCAUUAACUUCAUUCAAGCUCGGGAGAAGCCUUUGUCUCUGUACGUGUUCACAAAGCGCUCAGAUGUGAUGGAUCUAUUCUUGGCUGAAACCUCUUCUGGGGCUGUGGUCUUCAAUGAUGUCAUCCUUCAUAUUUCUGUGGAUUCCCUUCCAUUUGGUGGAGUCGGUAUGAGUGGAAUGGGAGUUUAUCGUGGUCAAGCUACUUUUGAGACCUUUUCACACAAGAAGAGUAUUCUUCAGAGAGACUACAAUCGCCUUGUUGAAGAUCUUGGCAGUGCAAGGUACCCACCAUAUGAGCCACAGAAAGUGAGCCGAUUGAGGAGCCUGAUGAAGAAGAGAAGACUCCCCCACCUCCCUGGUUGGAGGUAUCUCCUUUCGUUUGCUUUUGGAUCCCUUACUGUCAUCAUCAUCAGAUGCAUACUCAAUGCAAGUUCUCAAGUGUCCCUUUCCUUUCCUUCAUUACCUUGGAGUGAGAAGAGCAUCUGUGAAGUUGAUUCUGCUCAUCUAUAUUUGUUCAUUUAUGCUACUCUCCCUACAACCAAGUUUUAA